GCGUGAUAUCAAGGUUACCAACUUGUUCUAUAACCUCUAUCACGUUAAAAAAGCUGUCUGCCCUCUGCGGGGGAUAAUAGCGUAUCAGUACACAAUACACAAUUUUAUGGAAACACGCCCCGUAUGUUUUUCACCGCACCUGUCAAUUUUAACGAUUUUGUUUAGGCCGUUAAGGCUAAAUAAACGUGGCUAGGGUUGAAAAUGGUUUGAUUAAACGUCGGCUUUUAUUCAUUCCUAUGAAUAGAACACGUAAAUAGUUUUUUUUUCCCCGUAGAAGAGCAGAUAAUAAUUAAGCAUCAUGUCAACGCCAGAGCAACUGGCGAUUGUCCAAUCCAAAUUUACCACAGGUGAAACCGUCGUCAUUGCCAUGGAGGCAAUGCUGAUACAAGGCUGGUUGAAAACAACGCGGCUUAUUGCUUUAGUUAAUAAAGGUUCAACGAACGCUCUAGUCAUUUUAAUAACUUCACGAACACCUCCUCAAGUUUACAGUGAUCUUUCAAUAGAAAGAAUUCUGCCUAUAGAUCAAGAUUUUCAGUGUGACAUUGGAACUGAUGAAGAACAAAAAGACAUAACGGAUGUAUUUUUGAAUGUAACAUGCAGAAAGUCCCGAACAAUUUUUGAAAUGAGACCUGGCAUCACCACAACCAAUCUUGUUUCUGCAAUAUUUCAAGCAAUUGAUGUGUAUCAGAAAAACAAGAAUCCCACAACAGACUUCUUGUGGAUUCAAAAGCUGACUGGGAGUGUUCGCAGCUUAGAUAAUACGAGUGAUCCAGUCCAAAGUACCACCGAACCAGUCAUUGAGCUAGAAAGUCCAGACUUAGUUGUAUCUCGACGUAACAUAGCUACUGGAAAAACUCCUAUUGCUACAAGAGAAUCAGUGGUUCGGUAUCAAAUGGCAUGCAAAGAAGAUGAUUAUACUUACACUAAAGUUUUAAGAAUAUUCAUUGGUACGUGGAAUGUAAAUGGUCAACCACCAAAUGGAAUUACAUUGGAACAAUGGUUGAGUAGUGAUGAGGUGCCACCUGAUCUCUACGCCAUAGGUUUCCAAGAAUUAGAUUUAAGUAAAGAAGCAUUUCUCUUUAAUGAUACACCUCGUGAGGAUGAAUGGCGACAAGUUGUUGCCAAGUCCCUUCAUCCAAAAGCUGUUUAUGAACAAGUUGCCCUUGUGAGAUUAGUUGGUAUGAUGCUGAUCAUUUUUGCUAAAACUUCACAUGUACCACACAUAAAAAAUGUGUGUAUCGAUACAGUUGGAACUGGAAUAAUGGGAAAAUUGGGCAAUAAAGGUGGAGUUGCGGUAAGCUGCUGCAUCCAUAAUACAUCUGUUUGCUUUGUGAAUGCCCAUUUAGCUGCACACUGUGAAGAAUAUGAAAGGAGAAAUCAAGAUUAUGCAGACAUUUGUGCUCGACUCAAUUUCCAGACUUAUGUUCCUCCAAAAGGUUUUAAGGAUCAUGACCAAAUUUAUUGGUUGGGCGAUUUGAAUUAUCGAAUAACAGAAAUGGAUGGUCAUACUGCAAAGCAAUUAAUUGCUGCUGGUAAUUUGGAUCCUAUUUUGGCACUAGAUCAACUUGAACAACAGAGAAGACUUGGAAGAGUCUUUUAUGGCUUCCAUGAAGCAGAUAUAAAAUUUAAGCCUACUUAUAAAUAUGACCCUGGUACCGAUAAUUGGGAUUCAAGUGAAAAAGGCAGAGCUCCAGCAUGGUGUGAUCGUGUGUUAUGGAAAGGUGAACAUAUUACUUCAUUGGAAUAUCGUAGUCAUCCAGAAUUAAAGAUUUCUGAUCACAAACCAGUCAGCUCCAUAUUUGAUUCGAAAGUGAGAGUGAUAGACGUGGUAAAAUAUCGUAAAAUUCACGAGGAACUUAUGAAAAAAUUGGAUAAACUGGAAAACGAAUUCUUGCCACAAGUGACUGUUGAUACUACGGAAAUAAUUUAUGAAACCUUAAGAUUUGAUGAACCCUGUGUUAAAGAGCUUAUUGUUGCUAACACUGGCCAGGUUCCUGUGGAAUUUGAAUUUAUAAAAAAAUUAGAUGAUUCUUCUUACUGUAAAGAGUGGUUGACAAUAACUCCUUACACAGAUUUCAUAGAACCAGGCCAAAAAUGUGAUAUUAAACUUGAGGUUUGUGUGGAUAAACGAUCUGCAUGGAAACUAAAUUCAGGCGAAGAUAAACUGUAUGACAUAUUAGUACUACACUUAAUAAAUGGGAAAGAUAUAUUUAUAACAGUAACAGGUACUUAUGAACGAAGUUGUUUUGGUUGUUCAAUGGAAGCUUUGGUACACAUUCCAGUUCCCAUAAGGGAAAUACCAAUUGGUAGAAUAAUGGAAUUAGAAAACAACAAAAAUGUUUCUCAAGAUCCAUAUUCAGUACCUAAAGAAGUUUGGUUGCUAGUUGAUAGGCUAUAUCGACAUGGUAUAAAAACAGCAGGAUUAUUUGAAACACAAGGCUUACACAGUGAAGUAUUAGCCAUUAGAGAUUGGCUAGACAUUGGCAGUCAAGAUCCAAUGCCUGGUAGUGUACAUUCUGUUGCAGAAGCUUUGCUUUUACUUUUAGACUCCACGCCAGAGCCUCUUGUUCCAUAUAAUCUUCAUAAUGUCUGCUUAUCUGCUGCUACUAAUUAUUUACAGUGUAAACAGAUCGUUAUGCAGUUACCAGAAAUUAGAAGAACGGUGUUCUUGUACAUAUGCUCUUUUCUACAAGAACUUUUGAAUCAUACUCAAGACAAUGGGUUGGACGCUAAAACUCUUGCUUCUCUAUUUGGCGCAUUUUUCUUACGAGAUCCUCCGAGAAGCAGAGGUGAUCGUAAUCAGCGAAGUAAAACAACUCAAGUAACAUUUGACAGAAAAAAGGCAGCUUUUGUUUAUCACUUUUUGAUAAACGAUCAAAGUGAUUUCAUCGGCCGAUAAAAUAAAUUUAGAAAAUAUCACCAAUUUUUACAAAAGUAUAAGAUAUUCUAUGCAAAAUGAAAUAUUUCAUAUGGUAGUCUCUCAACUCGAAUAUUGAAAUAAAUAAAAAGAAAGAUCUCAGUAGUGGAGAAAGCAUAAAUUGCUUUGCUGUAGUCACACGUAUAGAUUUUUCUCGUUUGCUCAUAUAUAUUCAAAGAUGUUAGAAGAGACAUGACUAAAUGUAAACUCGCAGUGCUUAGAGGUUUUAUUUUUCUUUGCAUCAGCGAGCCAAGUAUUUUUAUAGUUUUAUACUUGACAAAAAAGAAGAAAAAAACAAAACUCAAGAGAAUGUGUCAAAUGUGUUUUAAGUAAUGAGUCAAAACAAAAUAAGAGAUUUAUUGCGCAUAUAGAUGAGUAAGGAAUCAUUUAGAUCAUUUUGUUAAAUAUGUACACAUUAGUCAUUUUUGUAAUCUAUCGCAAUUUUUGAGAUUUUUAGAUAGCCCAAUUUACCUGAAUCUUGUAUUAAUACUAUGUUGUAAGAAUUCUAUUAUCUUGUGUUGAUGCAAUUGGCACAUUAAAUAUAAUUGUAAUUUAAUGCUAAGUACUGUUGGUGUAUAAAUAAUGUUUAGAAAACACUUUUUUGUUCUCUAUAAUUUUAGCACGAUUAUACUUGGUAACGGACAGGACAAUAAAAACGAUUCAGCGCGGAUCCACAAUUUUUGUUUAUUAUAAAAAUAGAAAAGGAAUCAUUAAAAUACAUACAAAUUGGAUGAUUUAAAUACUUCUAGCCUUAUAACAAUUUAUUAGUAAGAAUUUUUGGCUAAUCAAAAUCAACGGAAUAUUAAAAAUGAAAAAA